AUGGCCCGGCUGCCCCGUGGGGUGCCGUCCAACCGUCCACAGUUGCCUUGUUCAGACAAGUACGCGGUUGUCAAAGGCGACUUGGUGAUUAAAGUCGCAUGGUGCGACCCUGUUCAUGACGAAAAGAGGGACAACGGCCAUGGCCUCUGCUCUCAGUAUGGGAUUCCGCCUGCCGCCACCGAUGUUAGCCGAAGGAAGGCGAUUCCGCGCUGUCGGCUUUACGCCGCUGGCUGCAUCCCUGUGCCGCCAGGUCACGAGAUCUGGCACGAAAUGGCAGACACCACAACACUGGACACGUCCUUCAGCUCGACACAAUAUAGAAAUUCUCUGUACAUCUCUUGCAAUCUACAUCUUUAA